UUAAACACAAAGAAGAAGACUCCAUACCAGUUGGUGGCGGUAAUGCACCAAUUCGUUGUUUGUCAACAGCCAAUGAAUACAAAGAAGAAGAAAAAGAAUCAGCAGAAUAUCGUCAAGCAUAGGAACUCGGCUGGAGCCACUUCCAUCAUGUCAGGAUAGAAAAGCAAACAAACAGCAGACAAAGCUCGGUCGAACCAUCCUUUUCCGAAACGGAGUCUUUACGAUGGAAGGCGAGGAGGAGAGGGGUGUUGUUCGUGUCAAAGUCAAGAAAUGUGAUGGGGCACUUCCUGUGGAGUUUCGCUCCUUUGCUGUUGAUCCCCAGAUAACAUCGCUGGAGGUUUUGCAGCACAUACUUAUCAGAGCCUUUGAUUUGAAUGGGAAGAGAAAUUUCAGCGUUGGUUACCUGUCUCGCGAUCGCAGCGGGGCUGAAAUGUAUAUGUCUCUGGUCUCUGACUGGGAUUUGGAUGUUGCGUUUGUCAGUGCAGCCAGACCAUUUCUGCAGCUCAAGAUGGAUAUAAAACCUUCUGAGGACAGCCCUGUUUUGGAAGACUGGGACAUCAUAAGCCCCAAAGACGUGAUUGGCUCUGAGCAGCUUCUCACAGAGAAGACUAGAUCCUUGGCAUCUGCAGCUCUUCCCUUCACCCAGUCUCUACUGUCCCAGGUGGGCCGGACCCUGUCGAAGGUCCAGCAGGCCUUCAGCUGGUCUUAUGGGGAGGAGAUCAAGCCUUUCAAGCCCCCUCUAAGUGACGCUGAGUUUCACAGUUACCUUAACGGACAGGGACAGUUGACCCGGCCUGAGGAACUCAGACUACGAAUCUACCAUGGGGGUGUGGAGCCGUCGCUGCGGAAGGUGGUUUGGCGUUACCUCCUGAAUGUCUAUCCAGAUGGACUUAGCGGACAGGAGAGAAUGGACUACAUGAAGAGGAAGACGAGAGAGUAUGACCAGCUAAAGAGAGAGUGGACAACCCGGGUUAGUCAUGAGGACCUUGAAUUUAUCCGUGGAAAUGUUCUCAAAGACGUCCUGAGGACGGAUCGAGCUCAUCCAUACUAUGCAGGCUCUGAGGAUAGUCCCCAUUUGACUGCCCUCACAGAUCUACUCACCACAUUUGCCAUCACUCAUCCACAGAUCUCUUACUGUCAAGGCAUGAGUGACAUUGCCUCCCCAAUACUUGCAGUAAUGGACAACGAGGCACACGCCUUCAUUUGCUUUUGUGGCAUCAUGAAACGCUUAGAAGGAAACUUUCGGCCAGACGGGCAGCUCAUGUCUGUUAAGUUCCAGCAUCUGAAGCUCCUCCUGCAGUACUCCGAUCCUGAAUUCUACUCUUACCUAGUGUCCCGAGGAGCUGACGACCUCUUCUUCUGCUACCGUUGGCUUCUUCUGGAGCUUAAACGAGAGUUUGCGUUUGAUGAUGCUCUAAGGAUGCUGGAAGUUACUUGGAGCUCUCUGCCCCCAGAUCCUCCUGAAACUGAAGUGGAGCUUCUGGGGCCACCUCUGGAAGCCGACGAAACAAUGUUCAGCAACUUUGAGGACAAGACGGUUGAGGACUACUUUCAAGAUAAGGAACAAAAAGAGAAGCAGCGUCGACGGCACAUGCUGCGACCUUCAAGAGAAGAAGCAGACAUGAACAUAAAUGCCAUCGCUGAUGAAAUGGACAGGCAAAGCGUGAGCUCGGACAAAGCAAAUGUGGGUGACGAGUGUGAUAUCCCUCAGGUAACCAUGGCAAAGACAGAUUUGAAAGGUGCUCCCUUCGAGAGGCAGACUAGUUUUGGGGAGUUUAAAUAUUAUACUGCCCGAAAUGAAGACAGCUUUGAUAUGGAGGAGGUUGAACAGCAUCCUCCAUGUCAACAGGGUGCAGUGGUUUCAGAGUCGAUAACGAGCAUCCCGAGGCGCCAAUCCACAACUGACACUGAGGAGGACACGGGAGAGCAAACACCACUGUUUAAAAAUUUUGAUAAUGAUGUUUCUCCACCUCUUUUCCCAAGCAGCCAACCCGUCUGGAAAACUGGCUCCUCUGUCUCUCCCAUGUCUUCAGUGUCACCAUCGAGUUGGCCUGGUGUUUCUCCAGACUCUCCUCCAAAGUCCACAUCACCAUACGUGAGCAACGAAAGUGAGGCCUUACCAAGAGCUGGCCUAAACGUGUCAGCUUCUUCUACUCAGUUGCCCAGCAGUACACGCAUCAGUUCACCCACAACCCCCACUGCACGGACAUCCGUCAGCUCUCUUUCUACUGCUCAAAACAGAUCCCUGCUGUCUUCACCCAUUUUGUCCUUUGGAAGAGGAACAUCUUUGUCUGGUUCCAGGUUGUACUCAAACAGUCUCCUCUCACCUGGCAACAAAUCCCCCAGCAGCGCUGCUAAUACGCCCAGUUCUCUAAAAGCCGAGACCACUGGCAUCAAGCCGUGCUCCUUGCCACCUCCUCAAGAGUUUGGUAAAGGCAACCCGUUCAUGCUGUUCCUGUGCUUGUCCAUCCUGUUGGAGCACAGAGACCAUAUCAUCAAGAACAGUUUGGAUUACAAUGAGCUAGCCAUGCACUUUGAUCGCCUUGUGCGACGCCACAACCUGAGCAGAGUGCUGCAAAGAGCCAAGGCCCUGUUUGCAGAGUACUUGCAAAGUGAGGUGUGGGACUCAGAAGAAGGGGAUGAGGUUAGCUCAGACUCUCCAACAACAGCUACUGCUACUCAGCACUCCCCUUCUUCAGCCAUCUCUGCUAAGCCCAUUUACAGCCCUUUAGCAUCUCCACAGUUGUCAUCUCCAAACUCAACCUAUAAUUUGGCAAACACCAUUCCUUCUCUGAUAGCUCAAAAUUCCUUUUCCACCAGUUCCUGAUUCUGUUGUACAUCACUGGCCUCCUUUUCCGGACUGCUUAGUGGAUUCAGCUCUUUCAAUUCUGUCUCUAAUUAAAUACAUAUAUUCCUUAA